GUGAUUAGAAUAAAGAAAAACAUUAGUGAGUAGCAAACUAAUUCUUUUAUAGAAAUAUUAACCGACCCUAUUUCGUAGUUUCAGUGGGCCAGUAGUUUUUAGAAAUUUAGAAAGUCUCGGUUGCAAAAAUUAUCCACAACUGCUUUGAUCACAACUGUUGGUACACAACGGUGCAUAUAUUUGGAUCAUCGUAUCGGUAGUCUAAAAUGUAAUACUUGUGCAAGUCAUAAGAAGCAGACUCCUUACGUUUUCUAGUGAAACUUGUGACUCUAAAAUAAACGCACGGUCAAAUGCGUGAAAUUGUAUGCAGUUCAUGUCAAGUCAAAUUAGGUUAAGCUGGGCGGCAGAAUUUUUACUUCAGUUUCCAUGUGCUUAUAAAAAUCGGCGAUCUGCCAUUCAAAUAGGCUUUACUUAUGGGAAGCUCGCUAUAUAUGAAGUUGCAGGUUAUUAUAUUUAACGUACGGCUACCUGUGUACGCAUCGAGCGAUGUGGAAGGUGUGUGGGAUUAAUGGCGUUAGCGCGCCAUAUUUGGUGUUACUGGGAGAAGCCUCCGGGAUAGACCAGCUCAAUUAUUUUCACCAUUGUCCGAUGAUCAAUAUUUUUGUUUCCUCUUCCCUCUGAUUGGUUAUUUACAACAACAAUCAAUAGCGUCUGCUUCCCCGUCAGUGCAAGUUAAACAUGACAAUUCCUUAAAAGUUCUGGAAAUGUUGCCGUCCUGCACUGGCGAAACGCACGACUUGUGAGCGACUGACCAGCGGCGGGGCAGAGGAACGUGUCUGCCUCUAACGCUGACGGGUGGACCAGGCUGUUGGAUGGUGAGCUUGUGGAGCGAAGGACUCGGACUGCCAUCUGGAAAGACGGGCACUCCUCGCACACAAACGCACGCGCGUGCUCACUCGGUGCACCAGCGAGAAAAGCAGCCAGCCGCGACACUGAAAACCAUCGGAAGGGAUUAAUCAUGUCCAAAACACUGAAGAAGAAGAAGCACUGGUCGAGUAAAGUGCAGGAGUGCGCGAUAUCCUGGGGAAACGGCCGGGAACUGAGCUCUGUCGUAGAGGUGAUGGGGGGCGCGGAGCUUGGCGAGUUCCCCUACCUUGGCCAGGUGAAGGCGGAAGCGAUGGCAUGUCAGCUCGGGCGGAUUCCCUGUCCGGGGGACGUGCUUUUGGAGGUGAACGGAACCCCUGUCAGUGGACUGACCAACCGAGACACACUCGCCGUCAUCCGCCACUUCAGAGAACCCAUCCGCCUGAAGACCGUCAAACCAGGAAAGGUGCUGAACACAGACCUGCGGCACUACCUCAGCCUGCAGUUCCAGAAGGGCUCCCUGGACCACAGACUCCAGCAGGUCAUCAGAGACAACCUCUACCUGCGGACCAUCCCCUGUACAACUAGACUGCCCAGAGAGGGAGAGGUUCCAGGGGUGGACUACAGCUUCAUCAGCGUGGAGGAGUUCCGCAUCCUGGAGGAGAGCGGGCUGCUGCUGGAGAGUGGGACUUAUGAUGGUAACUACUAUGGGACCCCCAAGCCCCCCGCCGAGCCCAGUCCCAUACAGCUGGACCUGGUGGACCAGGUCCUGUUUGACGAGCAGUUUGGCACAGAGGUGCAUCGCAAACGCACUACCUCUGUCAGCAAGAUGGACAGGACGGAUAGCACCGCCCCUGAGGAAGAGGAUGAUGAAGAGCGGCCAGCAAUCCUCAAUGGCCUCUCAGAUCAGCAGGGAGGAGCUGAAUGGAGGAGGGCUGUACCAGGCUACCCGCAGGGCAGCAGGGCAGUGGAGCUGCGGUCCUGGAGCUCUCUGCCCCGCGAUGGCAGCCCCGAACCACUGCCCAAGAACUGGGAGAUGGCCUACACCGACACCGGCAUGGUCUACUUCAUCGAUCACAACAACAAGACCACCACCUGGCUGGACCCCCGCCUGGCCAAGAGGGCCAAACCGCCGGAGAAAUGUGAGGAUGGAGAGCUUCCUUAUGGCUGGGAGCAGAUUGAAGAUCCGCAUUAUGGCAUCUACUACGUAGAUCAUAUCAAUCAGAAGACACAGUUUGAAAACCCAGUCCUGGAGGCAAAGAAGAAACUGAGCCAACAGGAGGCGCUCCCUGCCCCAGAAGAGAGGGGUGUGCGAGGAUUCACGCGGAACCCAUCCCAGCUGAAAGGGGUGGUGAUCCGCACAGCUCUUAGAAAGAGUUCCCAGGGCUUCGGUUUCACCAUCAUUGGGGGCGACCGGUCGGACGAGUUCCUGCAGGUGAAGAAUGUCCUCAGAGACGGCCCAGCUGCUCAGGACAAGAAGCUGGCAUCCGGUGAUGUCAUCGUGGAGAUUAACGGGACCUGUGUUUUGGGGAUGACCCACGCCACGGUGGUGCAGAUGUUCCAGGCCGUCCCGGUUCACCAGUGUGUGGACAUGGUUGUGUGCCGGGGCUACCCGCUGCCUGAGGACGUGGGCAGCGAUGAUGAGGAUGGUGGGGGUCAGGUGACUGUCAUUAAUGGGCAGCCCCUGCUGGUGAAGGGUGAGGCUCUCCGCGGCUCCUCCCAGGAGCUCCCCUACGUUGUCUGUGACGACGGCGCUGCCCCGCCCAACGGACCGGCCCCGAGCUUGCUGCAGCCGGAGCUGGUGAGCGUGGCGCUGGUGAAGGGGCCCGGCGGGUUCGGCUUCGCCAUCGCAGACUGCCCCCUGGGCCAGAAGGUGAAGAUGAUCCUGGACGCGCAGUGGUGCCGCGGCCUGCUCAAGGGUGAUGUCAUCAAGGAGAUCAACCGGCAGAACGUGCAGACGCUCAGCCACGCCCAGGUGGUGGACAUCCUGAAGGACCUGCCCGUGGGCCGCGAGAUCUCCGUGCUGGUGCUCCGAGGAGGUCAGACAUCUCCAGUGAAGAGCCUGAAACCUAAGCCGGAGAUGACCGCCAGCACGGAGACUCUGGACCGCGCUCCGGAUUCGACUGCGCACCCCCUACCCUUACCCCCAAGUGCCCUGAGAUCCAGCGCCCCAAAACCUGACCCCGCCGAGUUCUACCCCACCACCCCACGGUCCAGCGCCCCCAGAUCUGACCCCAUCGAGUUCUACCCCACCACCCCACGGUCCAGCGCCCCCAGAUCUGACCGCACCGAGUUCUACCCCACCACCCCACGGUCCAGCGCCCCCAGAUCUGACCCCGCCGAGUUCUACCCCAGUACCCCUCGAUCCAGCGCCCCAAAACCUGACCCCACCGAGCUCUACAUCAAGUCUAAGGCCCUGCAGGACAGCAAGCCUGCCAACACCAGAGACCUGGACGUGUUCAUUAAGAGAAAUCAGGAGUCGGGUUUUGGAUUCAGAGUUCUGGGUGGGGAGGGUCCAGAACAACCCGUGUACAUCGGCUCCAUCGUGCCCCUGGGCGCGGCGCAGAAGGACGGGCGGCUGCGAGCGGGCGAUGAGCUCAUCGGUAUCGACGGGGUGCUGGUGAAGGGCCAGUCCCACAAGCAGGUUCUGGACCUGAUGACCAACGCCGCCCGCAACGGGCAGGUCCUGCUGACCGUGCGGAGGAAGGUGACCCACACAGAUGGUGGGGAGGAAGACCUGCGCUCUGCCUUGGUGAACGGCUCCCCUCGGCUGCCGCGGAUUGAGGUGGUGGGCCUACUCGAACCCAAGUCCUACGACAUCACCCUCCAGCGCCAGGAGAACGAGGGCUUUGGCUUUGUCAUCCUCACCUCCAAGAGCAAGCCACCUCCUGGAGUAAUCCCUCAUAAGAUCGGGCGGAUAAUCGAGGGCAGUCCCGCGGGCCGCUGCGGGCGGCUCAGAGUCGGGGACCGCAUCUGUGCGGUGAACGGCCAGCCCAUCGUGGCUCUGGAGCACAGCGACAUCGUGCAGCUCAUCAAGGAAGCCGGCUACGCAGUCACCCUCACUGUGGUGCCGGCGGACGAGUAUAAUGGGCCUCCUUCAGGAAACAGCACAGCCAAGAACAGCCCUGCUCCACAGCAUCGAACCCUGAGCCACCGGGACGACAGGUACACUCUGGAUAUGGAGGAGAGCAGAGACGUUCUCACCUGGGCCGACUACAAGACCCUCCCCCAGCCUGAGCAGGGCACUCUGUGCAUCAUCGGGCCCAAUCCGGGCUGCUUCCUGGUGGAGCUGUCUCGGGGUCCACGGGGCUUUGGCUUCAGCCUGAGAGGAGGGCAGGAGUACAACAUGGGCCUGUUCAUCCUGCGGCUGGCUGAGGAUGGCGCCGCCCUGCAGGAUGGGAGGAUAAAGGUGGGGGACCAGAUCGUGGAAAUUAACGGUGAGCCCACGCAGGGUAUAACCCACACCCGGGCCAUCGAGCUGAUCCAGGCUGGAGGAAGCAAGGUGCUCCUGCUGUUAAGGCCCGGACCAGGACAUGGCCAGCUGGAUCGCACGCCUGCUUCACCCCCCGGAUGUCAAAGACAAGUUUCGUCGCUCAGUGUGUCCACCGCCUGCACCCCUCUGCCCCCGGCCUCCCCCGCCAUGCUCUCCUUGCCCCCCUCCCAAAAGCCCCCGAGCUCCAGAUGGGACGGCAGCGGCUCCUCCCCCCUGCUGGGGGAACCCCGGGGCUGCUGGGACAGGAACAGCACAGAGAGGGGUGUUCCAGGUCCGGACUGUUCCAGAGAGCACUGCCCUAAACUGUUCUUUAGCCCCGCCUCUCCAAACCUAAACCCCGCCUCUCCAGACAUCAGCCCUUCAUCUACUGACCUCAGCCCCGCCCCUUCGCACCACAGCCCCGCCUCUUCAGACCUCAGCUCUGCCCUUUCUGACCUCAGCCCCGCCCCUUCGCACCACAGCACUGCCUCUUCUGACCUCAGUCCUACCACAUCGGACCUCAGCCCCGCCUCUUCUGACCUCAGCCCUGCCUCUCUAGACCUUGGCCCUGCCCCUCCAGGCCCUGACUCCGCCCCUCCAGGCCCUGACUCCGCCCCUCCAGGCCUCAGCCCCGCCCCUCUGGACCUCACAAGGAUCUGCAGCUCAAAGGCGCUGUGCACUAACAGGCCCAGUGACACAGGGGGAUCCCCUUCAGACAUCAGAGCCCCGUCCAGCCUCUCCCCAGGCUGGGGCGGGGCAGGAGAGGGGGAGCAGAGACUGGGCACACAGCCCCCCCCCAAUAAGGGGGAGGAUACCCCACCUGGCCAGCAGCCACACAAACACCUGAGGAAGCAUGGCAGUCUCCCCAGGACACGGGGGGGGAGGAGAGGAGAGAGGGGUGUGAAACUCAGCAGAGAGAGAGAGGCAGCCUGUGAGAUCAGCACAGAGGAGGAGGAGGAAGAGGAGGAGGAAGGGGAGGAGAGAGGGGCGGAGCUCUGUGAGCAUGAAGAGGACAGGAGAGGGGCGGAGCUCGGUCAGAAUGGUAGCUGUAAAGACAGGCAGAGCUACUCCACUUCCUCCCUGGACAGGAAGCUGCCAGUUACUCCUGGACCCUGGAAAAUACCCAGCUCCGCCAGGAUUCUGACGCGAGAGGAAGUGAUGCGAGAGCCAUACUGAUGCAUCAUGGGUGGGGUAGUGAUGAGAGAAAUCCAUGUUCAUGAAAGCUAACAUAUGCAAACAGCAAUACAAUGAUUUGAGCCAAUCAUUCUAGUUUGCUGUGUAAAUGAAUAGAGUUUGUUUGGUUCGCACUAUACUGUGAUUCACUGCUUAUUGUAGCUCCAUUCAUCAUGGGGUUCAUGACAGUUCUCUCAUCACUAUGGAGACAGGCUUAGACAGGUAGCUGGGAUGGUGGGGGGGGAUUAUCAGUUUACCUGUUAUCUCACAUUCAUUUCAUCCCUUUAGCAACUAUAUAUUUUUACCAUGCUGGCAUCAAUAGAGUUCUUUCUAUUCACAAGUUCUUGUGUCCAUGAAAGUCUGUCCAGCCAAAAGUUAUCUUGUGCCAGCCAGGGAACUGUCAUUCUGCUUUAUAUGUGGGGGGUGGGUGGGUAGGGGGGGUGGGGUGGGGUGGGGAGCCCCCAGGUAUCACCAAAAUCAGAGAACCCUGCUUCCGACGGUCUCCUGCACACAUGCAAACUAGAGACACACAUCACAUAUAUACACAUAUAUACACAGGGGUUUUCCUCCCUGUGGGGGUUGUGUUACUGCAGGCACACUGGACACAUCUUUCUCCUGUUAUUCUCAUUUUGGCGCUGUGGAGAUGCCACCUGAUGCUGUCUGUCCACAGCUCAGAGUUCAGGAUAAUACUGUUCCAAUGCCAGAUUCAUAUCUGUACACCUAAGCUUUACCAUAUAUUUUAAAAGAGUAUUUUUGAACCAUAGAUGGGGCGGGUGUGUGUGUGUGUGUGCCCGUGCCUGGGUGCAUGUGUGUGCAUGUCUAUCUUUAUAAAGACCAGAAACUUGUGCUUAAGUAUAUAGUUUACCUUGUUCAUGGUAAAUCUAUCUUAUUGAACUAAAUAUGAAAAUAAGUUGUUCAGGUGUAAAUAUAAACAGGUUCAUCUGUACUGAGCCAGAACAGUUUCAGUCAGUGUUUUGGAGUGGUCAGUCCUUAUGAGGGUCUCUGAUAGAGUGGACAGGGCUAUGCUCACCACACACACAUGCUGGAGCGGUCCUGCUGUGUGCGUGUGUGUGUGUGUGUGUGUGUGAGCAGGGCUGGAGUGUUCCUGCUGUGUGUGUGUGUGUGUGUGUGAGCAGGUCUGGAGCAGUCCUGCUGUGUGUGUGUGUGUGUGUGUGUGUGAGCAGGUCUGGAGCGGUCCUGCUGUGUGUGUGUGUGUGUGUGUGUGUGUGAGCAGGGCUGGAGCAGUCCUGCUGUGUGCUGUGCGUGUGUGUGUGUGUGAGUGGGUCUGGAGCGGUCCUGCUGUGUGUGUGUGUGUGUGUGUGUGUGUGUGUGUGUGAGCAGGGCUGUUGCCUGUUGAGUAUUUAAACCACAUAGACUGUAUUGUACUUUAUUUAGCCACAGCUGGUGAUUUAACACCUCAAAGCCAUUCCAUCACAUCACAGGUGUGUCCACAGGUGUGUGGGAGAAGGGCAGCAUUUUCAGAAUUACUCAGUUGAGUGCUUUUUUAGGGACAUGCCAAAGGAAACAUCUCUUCAUGGCUCCAGUCUGUUGAAUUAACUGGCAAUUUCCACAUAGAGUCCUAAAAACCAACGUUCCUCUAAAAACCCUAAAAACCAGCGUUCCUCAGAACAACCACGCCACCCAUUUAGCUCUUGUGAGUUCCAAUACCAAACCGGACGCACAGCACAGCACUGAGCAUUGAUUAGAGGAAUACAGUGGUUGCAUGAUGAAUGAAUCCACGCUGCACAGUGUCCUGGACCGUGUUUCCCAUAUCAGGGUCUGUAUAUACGACUGUGGCCUUUCCUUGCUUCAGAAGAAACCUUGUGUCUCAGCUUCCUGUGCUCGUUCUAAGCCUUUAUAUAUUGUACAGCACCUUUAUAAAUGAUUGCAGACCACUCAUCCAGAAAAAGAUCUGUAAAUGGCUUCAUUAUUUUUUUAUGUAAUAAAAAAAGAUUUAAAGGGGUAAACCAUCUGGUGAUGGCUUUCUGUUCAUGCACUGUAAAAUAAAAUUUUACUGAAAAAAUUA